AUGAACAACAACAAUCAGUUCUCACGGUUCAAUCUCUUCUUUCGUCUUACCUUCAUCAUUCUCCUUCAUCCUUUAUUUCUGCCAGUGCCGUUACUUCAGGGCGACUUCCGGUGUACUCCUUUGGGUUCUUGCAGACUGCAGCUGCAAGAAUUCAAAGGUACUACCCUACAGUCGCCCUUCAAACAUAGUUUCUCAAGGAUUUUGGAGACUUUGGAUGGCACAGUGACAGCCACUCCUCCCUUUGAGCGCCCUCCUGGCAGUUCCCUAACAGCCACUCCUCCCUUUGAGCGCCCUCCAGUUCCCAACGAUAAUACUUACGAAUUUCGGGACUUUGGAUGGCAGUUAGAGCCACUCCUCCCUUUGAGCGCCCUCCAGUUCCCAACUAUUCUGCUUAUUGGAACUGGGGGUUGCGCAGUGCAUGCCACUUGUCAGUGGCUCCUGCUUCUUGAAAUUGGCGGUAGUGCAGUGCAUGCCACUUUGCAUGCCACUUGUCAGUGGCUCCUGCUUCUUGAAAUUGGCGGUAGCGCAGUGCAUGCCACUUGUCAGUGGCUCCUGCUUCUUGGAAUUGGCGGUAGUGCAGUGCAUGCCACUUCCUGCUCCAACUUUUUAAUGGUGACUGCUGAACCUGCCGGUACUUUUGUGUGGCAAGUGCUCUCUAGUUAA